GUCCAGUGGGGCGUCCACGAAACAUGGGUGUUGUUGGCGAUAUGGGAGGAUCGCCUGGAGGACCUCCGAAGAGCAAAGAGGAACUUUGGUGUGUACGCCGACAUGGCGGCGAAACUGGCCGAGGCGGGCUUUAAGAAGACCGUCGACCAGGUGCAUCACAAGAUAGAGAACCUGUCGAACACGUACCGAAGACACCAGAGGACCUGCACCACCACUGGGUCUGGUGGUAUCACCUGGCCCUUUUACUGGGAAGUACAUCGAAUCCUGGGGUCGCUGCCCGUGAAUGACAGCAGCCUGGUAGAGGAGAGCGACUGCUCGGAGAGAGUCACACCAGCAGUUUCGGAGCUCCUUUCGGAGACGCAAGGCAGCACCCCCGAGGAAGAUGUUCACUGGGAGCGUGCUGCGGAUGUCGAGGACGAAAGCGCAGAUGCCAGCACCAGUGCUGGCUUCGACUCCGCCACGGCUUCAAGAAGAAGUAGCGGGAGCAGCAGCGAGGCGACGGACGAGGCCCAGCCGAGAGGGCCCAAGAGGAAGAGGCAGGGCCCCAGCACUGCUGCAUUCAAAGUCAUUAUGGAUCGCCAAGCUCAACUGCUGGCAAGUUACGAAGCAGCGCGGAACAGAGAGUUCGAGCUCAGGGAGCAGGAGCUGGCUGUCCAGCGAGAGGCACUGAAGACCCAGCAGGACGCUGUGAAAGCACAGAGAGAAAUGGCGAAGUCUCAACAAGACCUUGCGGCUGCCAUGAUGGCGUUCCUUAAUAAAGCCUCCAAGUAA